AUGUCCUACAAUCCUUAUGCCAAUAUCGUGGACGAGGAUACCACACAGACCAACAGAAUCCAUCAACCUCAACCCCAGCGUGCCUCAUAUAUGGGUACAGGACAACAACAACCACAACAAACAUAUCAACAACCGCAAGCUGGUACAUUCAACAAUGCACAACAGUUUCAACCUCAUCAACAAGCAAAUCAAUUUUUCACACCGGGAAACCCUCAAGACGCUGCAGCAUAUGGUAAUUUCUUGAACGAUCCAAGAGCUGCUAUGACUUUCCAAGUUGGACAAAAUGCCAUGUUAGCAGGUUCUCAUUUUGUUGAACAAAACUUUGGAAAAUAUGUUCAUACUGAUGACAUCAAGUACUAUUUCAAAAUCUCAAAUUCAUAUGUCUUGAAUAAAUUAAUACUGAUUCUAUUCCCAUUCAAGAAUAAAAACUGGUCAAGAAGUUAUAGAGCAUCUGAUCCAAACGCUCCACAAGAUGCCAACACUGAAUUAUUUGCAUAUCCAAUAAAUGACAAGAACGCUGUUGAUUUAUACAUCCCAUUGAUGGGCUCUGUCACAUAUAUUUUAACAUUGGCUUUACUAGCUGGUUUGAGAGGUGAAUUUCAUCCUGAGGUGUUUGGAUUCAAAACAAGUUCCACGUUGGCAUAUUUAUUAUUGGAUUUUGCAGUGUUGAAAUUAGGAUUAUAUUUACUCAACAUCAGUUCCAAGAUGUGGGACUUAAUUUGUUAUAUUGGUUAUAAGUUCGUUCCUUUAGUGUUGAUUAUUUUGGUGAAAAAUGUUUCAAGUUUUAGAUUUUUCAAUUGGAUCACUUAUCUUUACUUGUUAUUGGCUUAUGGAUUUUUUGAAUUAAGAGCUAUAAGAUUCAAUCUCUAUGGUGGUAUCCACAACUCUGCUCAAACUAUGAACAACAAAUCUUUGAAAAACUCGAAUUAUUUCCUAUUCAUAUACGCAUUUCUUUUCCAAGGUGGAUUGUUAUGGCUAAUGAGCUGA